UGAGACUUGACUGUCGAUGAAAUCAAGUUCUGAAUAAUCCAGUAUGAAUUAUCUCUUGAAAAUGGGAUAUAUAAAGACGUGAAUUACCCAGGCAGUUGGGGAAUAGAAAUAAUUCAAUUCACUCAUCCAUAACUCGAAAGACAGUAUCCCCCCUUUUCUCACUGUGACGAUACUAUUUGUACUCACUUACAAAGCCAUAACCAUGAACACCGAUCCUAGAUCAGCCAGCGACCUCGCUGCCAUAUACGAGUCUCAUAUCAAGGGCAAGAUCGUUCUUACCACCGGUGUCUCCCCCGGCGGAUUGGGGGCAGCCUUCGUCCUAGGCAUCGCUCGUGCUCAGCCGGAGUUACUUAUCUUGGCGGGUCGCGACCUAUCCAAAGUGCAACAAACGGCAGAUGCCGUUUCUGCAGUAGGCGCCAAGGUCCGCACGCUUGAACUCGAGUUGGUCUCGCUCGCAGCUGUGCGGGCUGCCGCUGAGAAGCUCAAUAGCUGGGACGAUGUACCUCGCAUCGACGUGCUGGUCAACAAUGCUGGUGUUAUGGCAAUUGACUGGGCUUUAUCUCCUGAUGGAUUCGAUAGCCAACUUGCUAUUAACCAUCUCGGACCCUUUUUAUUCACCAACCUACUCAUGGGCAAGAUUACAAAGUCUCCGGCGCCUCGUGUGAUCAAUGUAACCAGCGAGGGCCACCGUUUAGGUCCUUUCCGUUUCGACGAUUAUAACUUCCGUGACGGAGAGUAUUACCAUAAGUGGCUGAGCUAUGGUCAGACAAAAUCAGCCAAUAUGCUCAUGGCCAUUUCAUUGGCAGAGAAGUUGGGUUCGAAACAUAAUCUCGCAGCCUUCAGCGUUCAUCCGGGUCUUAUUGUAUCAAACUUAUCGCGUCAUCUGAAAUUAUUCGGCGAUGACGAUUCUGAUAUGAUAGCUAUGCGCGAUAUCGAUCGUCUUAUGGGAAACUCCAUUGGUUGGGGUGGCUGGGAGAAAAUCCUUCCUUGCACGCCUGAGGUGGGCGCAAAUACGUAUGUAUAUGCCGCUUUCGACCCCGAGGUUACAGCCCACAAUGGUGGCUAUCUUUUGAGCUGUCGGUUGGCCGAUCCUUGGAAGGAUCUUGUGAAACCAUGGGCAACUAGCCCAGUCGAAGCCGAAAGAUUGUGGAAGCUGAGCGAGAGGCUGGUCGGUCAGGAGUUCUCAUACUAAUAUGCCUCCCCGAGUCCUGAUUCGCAUGGUGCAGCUGCAGCACAAGAGAGACAGUCAUCAUAGAUCAUAUAACGAUUGGAUAUGAUGUUUCGCAGAAUGUUAAUAACCAAUAGGGAGUGCAUUAACUAUGGCAGAAUGAGUCUUAUGCACUAGAUUCAUAUGUUACCCAGCGCAAUGAGGCUUGCCAGCGUGCAGCCUGGCCAUAUAAUAAUGCCAACAUUUUGCUAUUGUCCAAUAC